AUGGUCGCCAAGAUUCUCAACCUGACCAUGCGUGGUUUCCAGUUCAUCUGGGCCCUUCUCAUCAUGUCGCUUGUCGGUAACAUGAUCGCAACUGCAUACUCUGGCAACCCUUCGAUUGUCAACUACGACAUGUUCGUCUCGGUCUUCGGCAUGCUGUCGCUGUUCUACCUCAUUCCUGCAAGCAUCAAGGAGUCAUUCAUGAUCCACCCUCUCCUGGUCGUUGGUCUUGAUGUCCUCAACGCCAUCUUCUACUUCUGUGGUGGUGUCGCUAUGGCCUCCUACCUUGGUGUCCACAGCUGUGGCAACUCUUCUUACACCACCAGCAACUCCAUCACCAACGGAUCUCCCAACACCUCCAAGCGCUGCCACGAGGCCCAGGCUGUCACUGCCUUCCUCUGGUUUGGCUUCGCUGCCCACGUCAUCUCUGCUGUCUGCGCUGGUCUCCAGGGCCGCAACUCUGGUGUCAACAUGCGCGGUGGUGCCGGUGGCAUCCGCAAGGGACCUGCCAUGAGCCAGGUCUAA